AUGGUCGAAGCCUUGGCGGCUAGGCAAGGCCAGGACCUGCUGCAGCAAGAUGCAAGCCUUGCGGAAGCUGACGGGAGUGGUGUGGUUUUGUUUCAACACCUUGUCUCUCUCUUCGAUGGACAUCCAUGGAGCCCUCCCCAUCCGAAUUCCCCUAUACAGGUCUUGCUGCGUGAUGCUGCAAAAUAUGGAAGAGAGCAAAGCGUAAAAGAGGCUCUGAAGGAAGUAAGCAAGAUUGCAGGUGUCAUUCGCGCUAGAACGACGAGCCAUCACCUGGAGGAGCCUUUCGUCUGCAUGACUCUCAUAGGUGCCGUCAGGUGUAUGGCAGUUAUGGGCGCGGCUGCCGCCUGCUUUGUUACCCAGAUAGUGCAUGGCAUCGACGUGGUCAUUGAGCUUCCUCGUGCUUUUGCAGAUCAAGCAAUGAAUCCUCGAGCAGAUGACUGUCCGGAUAGUUCGUGCUUCUGCAGUGACCUUCGAGACAGCUGGCUGACCUGCACAAGCUUGGAGGAAUUCGACUGCGAGAUGCUUGGCUUCCGACUGAACCGGUGCAACGUGACCUUCAUAGCCACCUCCGUCAAUUUGAUCAGCCAUGCCCUCAUGCUCAUUCUGACUUCAAAAGUUGCCUGUGGAUUGCAUGGGUACGAGCGGGUGCCGCAAGUGUGCUUGGCCUCGGCAAGUGUUUGUUCAGUCCUGGUGAUUCUGGGCCACCUGCGCUUCUGCGGCCUUGGCAAGUACGUCCUCCUCUCCCGCAGGUGCAGCAACGUGAUCAACACGCUGAGUUUGGCAAUGUCCGCUGGUGCAUUAAUCUUGGUUUGGGACAGUGAAGCCCAAAACUCUAGGCUCACAAAAGUCAACCUCUUGGGGUUUGUGUUUGUCGCGGCCUUCGCGCCGACAGUCUGUUUGAUUGACCUGGCCUCAGCAAUUCAAUCCGCUCUUUUGGAUUCUGGCGCGGACCUCCAGUUCGUGCAGCAGAACCAUGUGUUCUACACUUUGAGUCUUGCCUUCCAGCUGUUCUUCGCACUGGCCAGUCGGGGUGAUGCACCCAAGAUGCUGCAGGGUAUUGUGACGAAGCUCCUGGGGAUUCAGCUGGUGUGGCAGGCCAUCGAUACUUGGUACUGGGCUGCUCCAUUUCUGUGGCCCCAAACGCAGAGGAAGUACAAUCUCCUUGUGAUUCUGCUUUGUCGGCUUGCUUUGGCCCUGAAGCUUUUGGGCAUGGUGAGUCUCGUUAAGCAGGGUCGGCUCCAGCUGCACCGCCAGGGUACUGGCAUUCUUUCAGAGAUCUUGUUCCGGAGGAAGAAGACCUCAUGA